AUGGCAGAAGAUCAACAACCCGCCAUUCAUGAACAAGAUACUUCACCAACGCCGACACAUUCUCAAACACCACUGACGCAAAUUACAUCACCUAUAAUACCUACGGACAUAUUUACAGCGCAUUCAGGCGUCCCUAUCGGACAUCCUCCACCAACAGCACAGACGACGUCCAAGUUUGACAAUCCCGCACGUUUUACGGCGCUAGAAGGAAUGGUGAACCACUUGGCGACCAACAUGGCCACCAACAUGACGGAGCUCAUGGUCAUGCUCAGGAAUCAGAAUCAGGCUUCAUCGAGCUUUACUCCGCCUUCGGAGCAUAGGCCAAUUGUAGAUCCAAAUCCAACAAUCCCUCCAACCUUGGUUUCGAAUGUUGAAGACGCAUCUUUCUCAGCAAUGGCGUUUGCACCGACGGUGCAUCCGAUCAGUGAUUCUCUACCGCCACCACCUGCUCCAACAGCAGUUCCGUUGUCACCAGCGGCUUUCUUAUCCGCAGAUUCGACUAUGCAUACACUACCACCACUAACCGUAUCAAUGCAUCCUCCAAUUUACACUGUUCCACCACCAACGGUCCCUCCAGUCGUGCUGGCACAAGCUCCUGCUCCAAUGGCGGACCAUUUCCCCUUCCAAGCUUUACAACCCCAAACGAGCUUCCCCUACCAAGCUCUACCACCCUUAAAUAUUCCUCCCACUCAACCGGGCAUGCCUAAUCAAGUUGCCCCUCCAGCUCUACCAACAAAUAUUCCUUUUGAAAAUGAGCAGGAGAGAAGAAUGAAGAGAAUGGAGGAAACCAUCCGAGCCCUUCAAGCAGACCUGAUCGAGGCAUGA